AUGGUUACCCGGGCGGCACAAAGAAACGUACCGAACACCUGCUCCCUCUUCAAAGUUGGCUUUGCUUUCGCGAGGGCCGAUCUCGCGGUGGCCACCACAGGCUGCCUUCCCACAUACUCGGCGCGACCUGCGAGCGCUGCAUGUUGCUCCGCCACCUCUCCCAACCCCUCCUUCUUUGAGGGGUGCUCCCGCUCCCUUUUCGUGCCUUCUAUUGCCUCUACUACUGCUGUUGACUUCCUCGGUGCCGAGAAGGUUGGUGCUGCGCCCGCUCCUAGCGGAAGGCGCAGCACUAGGAAGGGUGGGGGCAGUGCGGGUGGCGGAGGUGAUGGUAGCGGUAGGGGUGGCAGGGGUGGUGGAGGUGGCGGUGGCGGUGGGGGUGGCGGGGUUGGUGGGGGUAGUGGGGGUGGCGGGGGUGGCGGAGGGGGUUGGGGUGGCAUUCGAGGUGGAGCUGGCGGGGUUGGUGGCCCAGGAGCUGCGCCUGGUGGUGCGCCUAUGGAGCUGCGCCUGGUGGUGCAGCUGGUGGAGGUGGCUGUGUGGGGGGUAGACAGUAGCAGCCGCAGCAGCCACAUAGGUCCUUGCCCGUACCUGCGUCGCACUGGCCCGCGGGCCGGCGACGUCUAUGGCAAGCUGUGGCACGGUGAGGCUCGCUGUUUCUACCGCCUCGAGAAUGCUUUCCGCGUGGAGUUUGGUGAGCAGGCCAUGAUCCCUGACUGGUUAGGUUACCCCACUCCUCUCGUUUCUGCCUUUGGAGGUCUCCUCAUACCCCUCUAG